AUGGCGCACACCGGCGCCGGCCCCGCGGCGAAGCAGGCGGCCGCGAAGGCCGCGGCGAAAGCCCUCGGCGGCGUCGGCGUGACCCUCGGCGUCGCCUUCGGCGGCCUCACCGCGCUCACCGCGCUCGCGACCGCGGCGUCGCGAGCGGUCGUCGUCGCGCGCAAGCGAUCGGCCGGGCACGUCUGCCCGCGAUGCGACGGGCGGAAGUACCACGAGUGCUCGACGUGCCGCGGGAAGAGAGCGAUCGAGUGGCAGCCUCUGAAGGGGCCGACGAUGCGACGGCUGUGCGUGUGCCCGACGUGCGGAGGGAAGACGGGGCUGCAGAAGUGCCUCAACUGCGUCGGGCAAGGGUUCGCGUGA